GCAGAACUACAUACAGUCGGCUCAGAAAAUAAUUUCUGACGUAAAAGCUGCUGAAUCUUUGGCUUCCUCCUCUGGCUGCUGCAAGACUCGGAGCUUCGCUUCAGUUUGGUUUGAAGUCAGCUUGGUGGGUUUAUUUGUCUGAUCUCUCAGUUUGUCAAUAUGCUCCAUCGUUGUUUUCUCGUGAUCGGUGCCCUGCUCUCAUUGGCCACACCCCUGCUGGUCGCCAUGGAGACCUGCCCAGCAACAGGGAUGCCCGGGAUGCCAGGUAUUCCUGGGCUGCCCGGCAGAGACGGUCGUGACGGAGAUAAAGGACAGAAAGGAGAGCCAGGAACAGAGUGGCACGGCGGUCACGGCCCUCAGAAGGGGGAGAAGGGGGAGACUGGGCUGAUGGGAUUCCCUGGUAAACGAGGUCAGAGCGGGGAAACUGGGAAAGCAGGGGAUCCAGGGAUUCCCGGAACUGUAGGAGAACCAGGAGAAUCAGGAAGAGCUGGAGUCCAGCCGAAGGCAGCCUUCAGUGUGGCCAGAGGAACUAAUGAAUACCCAGAUAAAGCCAGCGUCAUUCGGUUCACCACCAUCAUCACAAACCUAAACGAUGACUACGACACCACAACGGGACACUUCAGAUGUCGGGUCCCAGGAACCUACUACUUUGUGUUCCACGCGUCCUUAGAGGACCGACUGUGUGUGCUGAUGAAGCUGGACAAUGAACUGCUGACAUCGUUCUGCGAUCAUCGCCGCACCAGGAGACAGGUGACAGCGGGAAGCCUGGCCGUCCACCUGUCGAGGGAUCAAGAGGUUUGGCUGGAGACUAAAGACUACAGAGGGAUGAGAGGAAAACCAGCAGGUUACAGCAUCUUCUCCGGCUUCCUGCUGCACCCUCACUGACCUACAGGACGGGUCUUUUUCCUCACCUUUACUAAACAGUUUUACAGUCCCAGCCUGAAACUAAAGGCAGAAUUAUUUCUUCACUUCUUUCCCACUGACCCUUUAACCUUUUAUACAAACAAUACAAACUAAAACAACAGGCUAGAAAAGUCCAUGUAAGAUGCGCAAACAGAUUUGUGUCAACUAAAACAAUACAUUUAAAAGCAAACACAAUGACAAAGAAUGCUAAUUUCCAGAUCUGUUGAUUCAUUCAUGUAAAUUCACCAACAGCCAUCAGCUCUGGCGAUUUCAAGUCCUUUCAGUACAUUGUUGGUGGAACAGAAAGCAUAUUUAAAAGCUUUCAAGCCCAACUCCUUGCUAACUCUGAGAACUGAGAACUGUAGAACAUCGUGAGAAUGCAGUCCAUUAGUAAAAUUUUAAUUUGUAUGUAUACAGGAAACAGAGAUCUUCUCUCAUAAUUAGGACUUACAAUCUCAUAAUAUCCAGAUGAGGUGUUAAAACCACAUUGUGUAACCCAUCAGAUUCUAUACUGCCCCAGCAAAAAAAUAUUUCAUACUUUAUUACAUACUUUAUUUUGAUAGCUGUUUCCAAACAUGACAAUACCAUAGUACUUAGAUUGGGUCAAAAAGUUUGAAAGCUGCGAUUUUGUUGUAUGAUGUGUGAACCAUCAGAUUCUGUGGCACUUGGGGGUCAACUGUACAAAAAAGACUAAAAUGCUGACUAAACAUUGUCAGGUGAGGUGUUAGUGCUCCACAGAUAACCCUUUACACCAACGUGUGUCCUAUGACAGCUAUCAAAAUAUCCGUCAAAAUUUGUGACCUUGUCUAAAUACAACAUGGGCACACCAUUAUACAGAUGACACAGUCUUGUAUACAUUGGAAUCCAUCCUUAGACAUCGCUGCAUAAUCUCAAGCAGACAAAUUGUACUCUAAAACCCAUUAUUCCAGUUUGUAUCUCCCUGCCAUAUACUUAAUAGUACUGACAUUUAACAGUCCCAUCUUAUAAAUACAUGGGAAUUUGCAUGGGAGACACUAAUCUCACAUUUAAACAGCACAUAGAGCAACUGGUACUGCAACCAAAGAUAAAAAGGGGUUUCUCAUAUCGGAAUAAAGCAUGUGUCUGUCUUGUCAGGAAAAUUAUUGUACAGUCAACCGUCCUGACAGGACCCAAUUUCAUCUGUUCAUUUAUCUUCAAUGUGUGUCAGUAAGCAGACCAUUUAAGCAGGAAAACCCAAUAUACCUAAAUAAAAAGCUGGAAAAACAA